AUGGUUAUGUCUUUUGCUAAUGUUCAGAUUCAUGAAGGAGACGGUCUAUCAGACCGUGUAUGCACGUCUUGCAUUGAAAACUUAAGUACAGCUUACUUAUUUAAACUCCAAUGCGAACGUAUUGAUGUCUUAUUACGAAAAUUCCCCGAUAUUCAAGUUGAAAAACCAGCUAUUGCUGAUUAUAAUGACUUAUAUAAACAAGAACUUCAGAUGCACACAGUAUAUGUUAACGAAGAAAAUGAUGAAAAUUUAGUAAAAGCAAGUUGUCGAUUAGACAGACAACUGAGCCCUUGCUAUGAAACUAGUGAUGAGACUGAUAGUGAUAUUGAUUCAGUUAAAUGUGUGUACUGUAAUCAGUCAUACAGUAACUAUGGAGCCCAUACUUGCCAUGUUACUUGUACAAUUGAGCAUAAUCAGCUACAACAAUCUAGUAGUAAUGAAACUCUAGUUGCUGCAGAUGCCACAUCUGUGUCACCAGCUAAGUCUUCCAAACCAACAUCACCCACAACAAGUGCUUCUGACUAUAUUAAUGUUUCAUGUGUUCUUUGCGAUGAAAAAUAUGAUGGAUAUGAGGAUUAUAAGAUGCAUUUAAAUAAGUGCACAAAUAAUGUAAAACUUCAUUACUUUGUAUGUCCAGUGUGUCAUGAAAUGUUUACAGAUAAAUUAGCUUAUCUAGAACAUUUAAAAAUGUUUCAUUUUAAAGUAAAUGAUGAUACACUAAGUGACCCUGGUAUAGAUUGUGUUGAUUUUGCUCCAAUAAUAGUCAAAACAAGGAAGCCCAAAGCUGUAAGACGCCAGAUAGGUUGGUCCACUGAAGAUAUUUAUCAGGAGAUAGAAUGUCAAAAAAUUGAACAGAAGCCAACUCCGACAUCCAGUCCUUUAAAAAAUUUCUUUUCUAAAUUAGGGAAUGAAUCUUUCAGCACCAGCAGUAAACAAAGUACACCUAAGAAGGUGAGCUUUCGUAAAUUUAUUGAAAAUGGGAAGGCAAAAACAGCUGUAUAUUUACCAUUUCGAAAAUAUAUUCAAAACUAUAAGCUCAAGAAGAAGGUCACUAACUAUAGCCCAAUAAACUCAAAGACUCAACAAGUCACAAGCAGAAUACAAGCAUGUCUUCCUGAAGAUGUAUCUGAUAGUGACUAUCACUCCCCAAGUGGCACAUCAGAAGAAUCAUGGAAGAUGAAGCAAAAUUUAAUCUGCGCAUGCGAUAAAAAAAUAUUCAUGCUUUCAGAACAAAUUCAUGAUCGUGAAAGAAUUGUUGCAAUGAUCAAUGAACUUGGUGGAGUAGUGGCAGAGAACACAAAAAUGGAAAUGCUUGCAACACAUUUUAUAUCAGUCUUGCCUAAUGAUACUUUGACUGGUAUGAUGGUAUGUUGUUUAGCAACUGGAAAGUGGCUUCUUCAUAUUAGUUUCAUAUAUGACAGUUUUCGAUGCAAAAAAUUUUUACAGGAAGAAAUGUAUGAAUGGAUGAGACACCCAAAAAUAGUAGAAAUUGAUAAUACAAGUGUAGAAGUAGCGAAAGCAGCCGUGUACUGGCAUUCAGAGCUUCAGACAAAACAAGCUACAUUUCCAUUUGAAGGAAAGCAGGUUAUACUUAUAAUGAAGAAAAAAUACAGGCAGUAUUAUCAAAUGAUAUUUAAAACUCUAAAGGCAAAACCCGUGACUUACGAUCCUAGAACGCCAGGCAGCUGUUGUUCAGCAGAUUAUUGUUUUGUGGACAUGAAAAUAAUAGAAAGAGUUAAAUUACGCUUUUUCUUCUAUCAUAAUGUACCAGUUUUUCCGUACCAGUACAUAUUAGUAUAUCUGCUCAAGAGAGGACAUGUUGAAGAUGAACAUAAAUAUUUACUACAAGACUGUAAUAAAAUAAAUGAUAAAGAUUUCUUUCUUAACAAUACUUAU